AUGCACGGCCCAUACAACAUUGGGUUACUGAACAUAGCGUUAGACAAAGAACAGCUGUGCUCGGAAUACGGGAGUGGACAAAUACAGUUGUGGCAGUUCCUCUUGGAACUGCUUUCCGAUACCCACAGCAACGCGCACUGCAUCACUUGGGAAGGCCAAAAUGGUGAAUUCAAAUUGCUGGAUCCGGAUGAAGUGGCCAGGAAAUGGGGCGAACGAAAAAGCAAGCCUAAUAUGAAUUACGACAAACUCAGUCGAGCUUUGCGAUAUUACUAUGACAAAAAUAUUAUGACUAAGGUGCAUGGAAAGCGCUAUGUGUACAGAUUUGACUUCAACGGUCUGGCGCAAGCUUGUCAAGGCAAUGUCAACGGAGAGCUCGUGCCAACCAUUUCUGCUCCAGUGCAACAUUAUCGAUGUACCUCUCUGACCAGCUGCCCACCGCAUCAGUUUCUGUUUCAACACUAUCACCACAGCGUACCAAAAAUGCGUCCCGCUGGUGUGCCAUAUUCACCUUUAAUUCAGCCGACAAGUCCGGAUAAGCGGUCUGCACAUCUGAUGCAACCAUACUGGCCAGGAACGAUCCCGAACGGUAGUUGUGUGUAUACUGCACCUGCAACAUACUACGGGACUCAGCCGAGACAUUUUAGCCAUUUCCUGUCUCAAUAG